UAAAGGGACUUUGGUAUUAAUGCAGCUGCAUUUUAGACUAUCAAACACUAGAGGGCGCACUACAUCUGCUGAAACCACUUGUGGAUGUGUACAUUACCAAGUUAGUGUAAGAUAUUUUUAGAUAUAACCAGCUGGGGCAAGAGUGCACGGGAUAGUAGGUAGGAAGGAACUAGAGCUACCUGGAUGAUGUAAUGGGUUAAGACGGGGAAAAAAAUCAACAAAGGCAGGAUCAUCGUAUCUACUCCUUCUCUUUCACUCUGCGCGUGCACGGUAACCAAAUGUAUUGGUAAUGAGCAAACAUACUCUCAAUAAACGGGUUACGUAAACGAAAGAAACUGCGGGCUGCUUAGAAAGGAAGACAAACAAAGACAAGCAAGAACAUGGCAACACCUGUGGACCUGCACGGACUGUUUGAGAAUAACAACACCUUCGACUAUGUUGAUUAUGAGUACAAGGAGGUGGUCUGUCCGUCCAGCACAGUCUCUGGCGCUUUGGCGGUCUUCAUGCCCCUGUUUUACUCUGUGGGGUUCUUGUGGGGGCUGCUGGGAAACGGACUGGUGCUGGCAAUACUGUUGCUUAAGAGGCUGAACCUGAGUGUGAUGGACAUCUUCAUCCUUCUUCUGAGUUUAGCAGACAGUCUGCUGCUCUUCACACUGCCUCUCUGGGCUGUAGAUGCGGUUAAGGGAUGGAUCAUGGGAGUAGAGCUCUGCAAACUGUCUGGAGUUCUGUUCGAGAUCAAUUUCUACUGUGGUAUCUUCACGUUGGCCUGCCUCAGUGUUGACUGCUAUCUGUCCAUCGUCCAUGGAGUACAGCUGUUUUCUUGUAAAAAGCCUGUGGUGGUUCACUGUUGCUGCCUGAUUAUCUGUGUCCUCUGCCUGCUCCUUUCCAUCCCUAAUUGGAUCUUUCUGAGCCCCAUCAGUGGCACAAAUGAGGGUAAACGGGAAUGUAUUCACUCUUAUCCGCCCGAUUCCUGGCAUCUUGCCUCUCGUUUUCCGCAUCUUUUUGUUCUACCGGUACUUGCGCUGCUGUGCUGCUGUUCCUUUGUCCUACUAAAGUUACGGCACAACUCAAAGUGCCAGCAGAAGAAGAAGGGCCAAAGGACAGCUAUCAUUGCAGUCCUUGUGCUGGUUUUCUUUAUCUGCUGGACACCCUACAACAUUACCUUCAUCGUGAACACUGUUCAGACAUCAGAGAGCGUCUCUUCAGCAGUGGCAGAAGAGUGUGAAGGGAGGCAGUGGACAGCUAGCAAAAUAACGGCAGUUUUUGGGCUUCUCCAUUGUGUUGUUAAUCCUGUCAUUUACCUCUGUCUCUCCAAAGAGUUCCGGCAUCGUGUACUGACUAUGACAAAGUUCAGUGCUUGUAAAACAGAGAGUAAUGAUGUUUCACUUUGGGACUCUAGUGUAGUAAAUAGAAACGCAUCUGUCCAAGAGGAACAAGGUUCACUUCAACCUAUGAAUGACAUUAAUUCAACAAUAAAACCCCAGGAUCAUGAUACAUGAAAAAUAUGGAUCAUAAAACAUUGACUGCUGGAUGCACUGUAUCUCGUAAUUCCUAAAAUGUAUGUUAUGCAUUCUUCAUUUAACAUGUGAGCAUUUAAUAGAUAUCACUAAGUAUGGAAUAACCCAGUCAGCCCAGUCCUCCAAAGGUUUCUGUACAUGUAUUCUGGAAUAUUCUCUCAUUAUGGAUGAUAAAGGAUGAAAUUAAAAAGAUGGACAUGAAGGAAGGACAUGAAAUGCUGGCCAACUCAUUUGCACUUUAAUUCUGUUUAAUUUAAUCAGUAAAAUGAUCAUACUGGGAAUUAUUACAUUUUAUUUGGUCAAAUUGUAUGUUUAUUUAUUUUCGCUGUGCUGUUAAUGUUUUGGAAUAAUGUUCUGGAACAAUGUUUUUAGUAAUGGAUUGAUAUUAUCAGCCAGUAUUUGGCCAUUGGUCGGUUCUGUGCCCACUUGCUUGGUUAACAGAUGUCUUCAUUCCCACUCAAUUACAAAAUCAUUUUCAAUGGAUAAUUACCUUUCUUUCUUUUUUUUUUUUGGUCAAAUUUAAAUAACUAUUGUGUGUAAUCUUCAUUUCAGUAUUCAAAACUUUUGUACCUACAUGUAUGCGUGUAUAUAUAUUAUUAUAGUGUAUUUAUAUGUAAUUGUGACAUUUACAUUUUACAAAAAUUGAAAUAUAUGUAAUUGUGACAAUUAUUGUACUUUUAAUUACAAUUGCACAACACACGAAAUGUCACAUUUUACAACCAUUUAAACAUGCUAACUUAUGAGGCUUUGCAUGGUUUGGCACCUCAAUAUUUGUCAGAGCUUUUAACUCCCUACACCCCAAAGCAUGACCUGAAACUGAAAUCUGAAACUGGUCUGUUAACUGUUCUGUCAACCCGUUUAAGAUCGAUGGGAGAUAGGGCUUUUUCUUCACUUGCUCCAAAACUAUGCAAAUCUUUACCUAUUGAGAUAAGGCAAGCAAAAUCCCUUGGCAUUUUUAAAUCUCGCCUUAAAACUCAUUUCUUUAGGGUAGAUCUUACUUGAAUUUUUGUAUGAAGUCCAUAUUAUUCUAUUUUUAAGUGUUUUGAGUGUAUUUCUUCUCUUCUUAAUUUUUA